UCCCCGGGCCGCCAUUGUCGCGCCGGCCGGGCUGCUCUGCGCAUCUCCAGAACGAGACCACCUUCCAGACCCGGGAACUCUCUGAUCGAACCCGCGUCUCCAAAUGGCCAAAGUCCUUGGCCAGUCUGGUGGCUGUCACCACCUUUGAGAGGGACCGGCCCGAGCCCCAGGCCUCGUACUAGGGGUCGGAGUGCGGGAGAACCACUUCUGCGUUCCAGUCCUGGAGGCUUCUAGGAUAGCCAGAUUGAGAGCCGCAACGGGUUCCCAAGGCCUUCCUGGCCAGCCUGGGCUUCUCCCAGCGCUCCCGAAGAACCUGGCCGGGCGUUUGAAAGAACAAGUCCGAGCACCCAUCGCGCCCGACCCUCAGGCCAGGCGUCCAGCACAGGCUUGCCCCUGACUCCCACCCAAACCUACUCUUCUGUUUUGUUACCCCCCAGAGCGCACGGUCCCCCCAAAAGUGCACCUGCCAGCGGUCCCAACCCAGCGGGAGAAGUGGACAUGAGAUUAGCAGGUCCCCUGCGCAUCGUGGCCCUGAUCAUCACCGUGGGUCUCACCUGGAUCUUAGUCACCAUUCUCCUGGGUGGGCCUGGUGGCGGCUUUCCUCGAAUCCAUCAGCUCUUCGCCAGCCCAGAGAACUCAGUGACUGCAGGGUCUUCCACUGAACCCGGAGCCAUUUUUCAGUUAGACUGGCUGACAGAACCACGGACCAGGAAGUACAAGUGCGGUCUGCCCCAGCCAUGUCCUGAGGAGCACCUGGCCUUCCGCAUGGUCAGCGGAGCUGCUAAUGUCAUUGGACCCAAAAUCUGCCUUGAGGACAAGAUGCUCAUGAGCAGCGUCAAAGACAAUGUGGGCCGUGGGCUGAACAUUGCCCUAGUGAAUGGAGUCAGUGGUGAGCUCCUUGAGGCCCGAGCCUUCGACAUGUGGGCCGGAGAUGUCAAUGAUCUGUUGAAGUUCAUCCGGCCACUACAUGAAGGCACCCUAGUGUUUGUGGCAUCCUAUGAUGAUCCAGCUACCAAGAUGAACGAAGAGACCAGGAAGCUUUUUACUGAGCUGGGCAGCAGGAAUGCCAAGGAGCUAGCCUUCCGGGACAGCUGGGUGUUUGUAGGGGCCAAGGGUGUGCAGAACAAGAGCCCCUUUGAGCAGCAUGUGAAGAACAGUAAACACACCAACAAGUACGAGGGCUGGCCCGAGGCACUGGAGAUGGAAGGCUGCAUCCCCCGAAGGAGUGUGGCCAGCUAGCACAGCUGAGCUCUGGGACCAGGCCAAGGGAGGCAGCACGGCACCAGUGCAGAGCGGAGGCCUUGCCCCGUGCCUGGGCAGGAGACUCCCUGGCCCCGACACAUCAGCGCUCCGAGGUGGUAACCAGAUAGCCUCAAGGUGAUGGGGGCCUUAGGGCUGGCCCAUUGUGCUGUCAGGGAGCCCAAGUACCCUUCUCCUUGUUUACCUAAAGCUGAUCCUAGGGUCAGUUCCCACCUAGCCCUUUUCUUGGCCACUCGUGUUAUCUCCUAGUUCCUAAGUGCCACCAGAGGCACUUCCAGUCCUGAGUGCCUGCCUCCUAUCCUGUAGCAGCCACAGGGCAGGGCAGACUAUCUUCUAGAACCUCCCUCUUCCAGAAGUACUCAGUGCACUGUUAUCCAACCCGGUUUUCACUGUAUUCUUUUCAGUGAGCCAAACCAAGUGGCCACUGCAGCAAGCACUACUGCUUCCUGCCUUGCUCUCACAAGGAGCAGGCUGGCUUCAGGUGGCCAGCUAGCUGUAGCCUGAUUAAAAAAAAAUCCCUAAUGAAAUGUAUGACAGUAUGCAGUUUGUCAGACGGCCCACCUUCUUUCUUUCCCUCUCUCUCUAUUGCUAUCUCUUAGAUGGCCUCUUAAUAAACUGAUCACCCACAACAAAAUAAAGUACAUUCACAUGUUCUCA